AGCCAUUAGUCCACUAAAGCUGAUACUUCAAUACUAGCAGCUGACAGUCAGCGUCAUAGUAAAUGUCUAUGAAGGUUGAGAUUUAUAUGAUGCAGCAAUGUGCACUAUCCAGUUAUCUUAUACAAUUCAGCUAUAUACAGAUAUAUGCACAUUUAGUAGAGUGCACAUGCAGCUUUAUGCACAAUGCAGCUAUGUGCACAAUGUAGCCAUAUGCACAAUUCAGCUAUAUGCACAAUGCAGCUAUGUGCACAAUGUAGCCAUAUGCACAAUGCAGCUUUAUGCACAAUGCAGCCAUAUGCACAAUGCAGCUAUAUGCACAAUGCAGCUAUGUGCACAAUGUAGCCAUAUGCACAAUGCAGCUUUAUGCACAAUGCAGCUUUUGCAAAAUACAGCCAGACAAAGAAACAAUGUCUGUGAAUUCCAGUUCAAAGUGCAAACUGUGUAAGGCCAUUCAAAGUUAAUAAUUUGUUAAAUGUCCCAUUGAGGGGCCAAACUUUUAAGAAGGUGGGGAUGAAAAAACAAGUAGAUUUAAAAACAAACCUUGAGCGUAUCUAUAUGGAUUUGAUAUUAUACCAUAACAAUUGCAAAGUAUGUGAAUGAUUUGAGUUCAAAAUUUGAGUUUCAAAAUGUGGAGACUCCUCUUUAUAUGAAUAUGAUCUUAGGUCACAAUUAGUUUCAAUUGUCAUUUGGAUUUGCUACAAAUCCAUCCUUGUUUUUCCUGAAAGCCUCAGUAUUCACUAAAUGUCAUUUAAUUUGUUACAAUACAAGUAAAAUAUUGUUUGAUUACUGAAAGAAAGUUUUAGACUUAAAGGCCCACUUUGCGUAUUUUCAAUGUUUUUUUUUG